AAAACUGCAUGGUGAAGGCUAUAUCAUUAUAAUGAAAUGGUCAAGGUCGAAUAAUUAAUAAUAUUAUAUGCGAAGUUGAAAAUAUAUGAACCUACGCAAAAUGAAUUAGCCACUGCAACAUUUAAGUAAUAUAAUUCCCUGCAGGAGCCGCGCAGUCAGCGCGGUGCGAUUCGAGGUAUAAGCAAUGUUAUGCAGAACAGUUGCCAGGGUUACCGCCCACGUAAAAUUCCAAUUUUCACACCUGGAGUUUCGAAAAAAUCCAGUAGUUGACCUGCCGUCAUCGUCUCGCACUAUUGCCGAUGCGCAGAAAAUUUGUUCGCUUGGCAAUCAACAACAAUUACUAUGGCUGAAAAGGACGAUAGUGCCUGGGUCUUCGACUCCCUGGUGGGUUUUCUUCAAGGUCCUAUCUGGUCGGCGCCGCUGCUCACCUUUAUCGAGGAAAAAUCGCUAAUAUUCGAGCCCGAAACCUUGGAUAGCAAGGGAUAUCGUGAAAUUUAUCAGGAAUACAAAAAUCUGGUGGAUCUGCUUUUGGGAUGUUACAUGGAAGACAUGGGCAUUACGCCGGAACAAUUCGAACGAGCUUGCACUUUGAACAAAAGCACCCGAGUCUCCGUACAGUUCCAACAGAUAAACGCUGAAAAUUUUCAGAGUCUCUUCGAGCAAAUAUGGGCCGCUAACGAAUAUGAAGUCUUCAAGAGAAUGAUGAUCCAGAAGAAUCUAGAGCUUCAGCUGCAAGCAUUGAAGAUGAUCGAGCAGAAGUACGGUUUGACGCCAGCUUCUCUCACCCAAGGCGCCGGUAAAUUUCUCGAUGACGAGCUACCUAUGGAGGAGCUUCUUCAAAAGGAAACUCAAGUCAGCGAUGUAAAGCAGGAAAUCGAUGUAGAUGUGGAUAGAGAUGAAAAUGCUAUUCGUCAGGAGCACGAGCGACUGGCAACAGAGUACAGAAAUGAGAGCGCGUUACUCAAGGAGGCGUUGAAAAAGUCGACCGAUACCGCGCCGACCAUCCUCGAGGAAGACGAGCAGGAGACAGAAUUUAAUGGGGAGUCCGACGAGGAAACAGAUCAAGAACGAGCCGCCAGACUGGUUCCCACAAAAGCCGAUUUUAGCAUUAAGCCUAAAGAGGAGGCAAGAGAAGAGGAUAUCCGCAAGCGUCAGCUCUAUCUCAAGGCCCAGCGCGACAAACUCGUAGCUCUGAAGAAACAAGCACGCAGUCAGAAGCUCGAAGCGGAUAGUCCGUCAGUCCCGCAGGCCAGGCCAAGCUCGGCUCGCGUUGUUGCUGAAGCGACGAUCGACGGCAAGAAAGAUGAGCUGAUCGCCCAUCAACAGCAGGCUAUCGACGCCUCGAUUCUCCAGGUGCGCAAGGCUCUCGCAGCUAGACUUAAAGCUGAAGUUGUGCAGAAAUAGUCAACCGCGUUAAAUUAAAGAAAGAUAUAACGUAAUGAUAAUAGUCAUCAGAGAGAAGACUCAGUGUAUUUUUUUUCUGUCUGUAUUUCUUUCCUUUUCCUGCUUCAAUUAUUUCGCAUUAUAUUUAAAUUUCUUUUGUCGCGUCCUUGCCAUUUCUCUUUGUCUACGCCCUUUGUUUAUAAUAAUUCUUUGUAAAAUGUUUCACUUAUAAUUAGGUUGUUGUGUAUUGACGUCCUUAUACAAAUAAUAUCAGCAUUAUGGAGAGUACUAUUUCUUGUUCAGCAUUAUAAAACUUUGAAAUAAAUAAUGCCCCUGGUUGAAAAACUGAGAGACCAGAUGUAUUUUGUUUCCAUAUAGAUUGAUCCAUAAGUUUGCGUGAGCAUGUUCGUGUCGUGGUUUCGCAGAAUCGUCAAUGUUUAGACCGUGUUUUCUAAUUUUAAAUUUUAUUUAAUUAAAUAUUCAUCUCACUUCUACAACGCACACAUAACCGCAGGUGACAUUCAUUCUCAUCCUUCAGCACACGUUAAAUUUUAUUUUCUCCGUCAAUUUCAUAGACUCCACUUGGACAAGCUGAAAUUCAUAGCAGAAAACCAAAAAACUUUAUGAAAGAAUUUUUUCAAGUCCUUUGCUCUUAUUAUUAGAUUCAACAUUUCAACACGUGGUAGGAACUGAAGUAUUAUUUUGCGCUCUUCAUAUUUUCAUACGUUGCAAUCUAAUUUUUUUUUUAUCAAUCAAACUUUGAAUUGAAAUCUGAAAUCUUUAAUAAAUCGUAUACUUCGAGCGAGUCAAUUUUGACACUAUCAUAUUUUUAUUUUUCACAUUUCUUAAGAUGUAACAACUCUUGAUACGUUAUGAAAAUGAGAGUUCUGCUAUAAUCAUCUCGUUUUUGCCUUUCAAGCAUACUCAGAACAUUCGUCUCCGAACAUAAAAUGCAAAACAUUCACUCUAUUCUCUUUAUCACUUUUACAACUCAUGCACACCUAUCGAAUUUUGUUUAUGUUUUGAAGCAUACAUGCCAGAGACCAUAGAAUACGGAUGCUUUCGAUAAUAAUUUUUGUUAUAUAUUUUCGCGUUUCUUGUCAUCCAUAUAAAAGGUGAGCCAAGGAAAAAUUGUCACGGUGUUCUUGGUAUAUAAAGUAAAAGGGAUAAUAUUGAUCAUAUGUGGUAUUUUACAUGUUGUUUUUUUCCUUUAGCUUCUCUACGUCGAUGCGGCAGAGCUAAAAAAGUAUUUCAGACAGUGGCUUUCGCCGUCUUAUAAUUAACGCGAAAUGCUUCGGAAGCUUAUUUUCUACAAUUUAAUAAAAUGUUUCUUUCGCUCUCACUCUCUCACGUUUUUUGUUUUGACUUUCGCAUCUUGUGACUCUGAAUGUUAAUUAAAGAAAACAUUCAAACAAUGGCGAUGAAAGAUAUCCAUUCCUAAUGGGCUAGGAAUUUUUAGGACAUUUUAUUUACAAUAUGUAGUGUAUAAAGCAUACCAACACUGAAGCAUCAAAUUUUAUAAUUCUGAUGUAUGUAUAAAGAAGUAGAAGGUCCGAAACACUCCGCGUAUUACAUUAUUACACAUUAAAUUCAGUAUAUGUACUCCGAGUAGCAUUCAAAAACUACACAUUGAAGUUCAAAUUAUACGGCUUGAACCUUUUAGUACAUUCGUCACUUUUCCUUAUCUUCUUGCAUUCAUCGCACCCAGCAUAACGAUGUAGCCCUAAUAAAAAUUUUCUUUAUUUACCACAGAGGUGGGCAAAAUGCUGUAUUUCAAUACAGAAUACAAAUAUAACUUUAUGUAUUAAAAUACAGAUUAUCAAACAUACAUUUUCUUUUGAAUAAUUUCGUUACACAUAUAAUAUUUUUUUCAUCUGUAUACGUUACAAUGGUCACUCAGACUUAUCUAUAUAUGUAUUUAUAUAUAUAUAUAUGUAUGUAUGUAUGUAUGUAUGUAUGCAUGAUAUCCAAAUAAGCAAAAUGUCAAUCGUUCAAUAACAAUAGUUCACUUUUUAUUUCUAUGCAAAUAGAAUUUACAAUUUAUAAAAUUCUCAAAUAAUUUGUAUACCGCACUUGUAUAAAUUUGCUUGAUGAUUUAUAUGAAAGUAAUUAAGUACACGCGAUAAAAUGUGCUGCCCACCUCUGCCUGUGACAAUAUAGCAAAUCGAUCGUUAUUCAUCUAAUCAACUUGCACCUGUUUCCCACACGUCGCACGAGUUAAUUGAAGAUUCCUUCGAUCUUCAAUUCUGCGCUAAUCUGGAAAUAUUAAAGCAGGGCACCUCAGUAAAAAAAAAAAAAAAAAA